UUUAGGAAGGAAGGAAAUAGGAAAGUAGUUUUGCAAGAAAUUAGGUUAAAAUUCAAAAAUUGAGAAAAGAGCCGUUGGGAGGAACUGGUCAAUGUGUGGUCAACGGGCAUGUGAAGGAAGCCUACAAGAACUUUUCUCUUUACUUCCUUGGUGUUCAAGACGAGAUAUUUGCCGUUGCCAUUGUUUCUAUUUUCUUCUUUUCUCCCUAAAAGCUCUUCUCUUUUUCUCUCUGUUGUUUUCUUUGCUCUCUGAAAAGUUGAUCAUCUUUGUCAGUCCGUGUGUUGUACUGUUUUGGUGUUGGUGUUGUUGUUGAUAUUGAGUUCUGUGAUGGCGGAUUGGGGUGGCGUUUACUCGCUGGCCCAUCAACAAUGGGUUUCGUCAGCUCCUCUGAUUCCUCUGGAUUUCCCCGAGAAGAAGAUGUCUGUGGGUUUUGCAGAUUGGAGAAAUCUUUACUUGCUGGCUGAGAUUUGUGAUCAACAACCAGAUUGGAGUAAUCUUUACUUGCUUGCAGACGUUUGUGAUCAACAACUUACUCCUCUGAUUCCUUUCAAUUUCCCAAAGAGAAAGAGGUCUCCGAUUUCUUCUUACUCAAAAACAACAACAACAAGAAGAAAGCCUCUCAUCUUCAAGGUUUCCCGAACUUCUUUUCUUGGCAAAAGGUGCCGCUUUAUAGUGGAUGAUGAUGAUCUUGAUGGGGAUGAUCUCAAGGGGAAGAAGAAGAUGAAGAUGAAGAUGAAGAUGAAGAUGAAGCAAACCAUCAAGGUUUCCCGAACUUCUCUUCUUGGCAAAAGGUGCCACUUUAUAGUGGAUGAUGAUGAUCUUGAUGGGGAUGAUCUCAAGGGUAGGAAGAAGAUGAAGAUGAAGCAAACCAUCAUCAUGGGUGGUUCUGAUAUUUUUUCCACCAGUAAUGGUGUGGUCGAUCACAGAUCAAAACACAAAGAGGAGACUAGUGCUGCAAGUUUUCAAACUGAAACUAACCCAAACCCUCCUAGACGUUUCAUGGAUCGCAUUCAGCAAUUGGGUGGGUCGGAGGUGAAGUUUUUGAUCCAGAAAACACUUUCUGUCACUGAUGUGAAAAAGGACCAAAAUAGGCUCUCAAUGCCCUUCAGUCAGAUUCACAGUGACUUUCUCACUCCACAAGAGAGGAUGUUUCUGAGCAGAAAAGAGGAUGAUGGAAAACAUUAUCAAGGAAUGGAAGUCAUGGUGAUAGAGCCUUGCCUUGACCAAUCCUCUCUUUGUUUGAAGAAGUGGGACUACAGAUCCUCCAGCUUUUCUUAUGUCCUUAUCAAGAACUGGUAUAAUCUUGUUGUCAACAACGGACUUCAGCCUGGAAUGGUGGUGCAGAUUUGGUCAUUCAGAGUUGAGAAUGCUCUCUGCUUGGCCCUUGUUAACCUCUCAUAAAGAGAGACCAGCUAUAUUAUGAUCUUUUCUUUGACAUCAAAUUUGUUUUCCUUCUUCUUCUAAUUGUAGAUAAUUCUUUUUCUUCGGAAGUGCUUACUGUAUAGAGUUCUUUACCGGAUAAUGAAUGUCUGUCUGUUAUCAUUCAUUUUCACUGUUUAUAUAUCGAUUAACAAAUUCAUUUUUC